AUGCGGGAACUAGACCCUCUGAUUUCUGAGUACCGCCAUGAAAAGAAGCGUCCCCGAGAGGAUGAAGCACUCUUGAUUCUGCGCAAAGUCGCGUCCCUUGUCAAACCCAUCAUGCGACAGCGGGCUUGGAGAGUCGGUGCACUAUGCGAGUUCUAUCCACAGCAACGGAAUCUUUUGGGCCUGAAUGUGAACUCCGGUCAGAAGGUGUGCCUGAGAUUACGGUAUCCCUCCGACGAGCGGCAAUUUCUCCCUAUAGAGCAGGUCGUAGAUACUAUGUUACACGAACUAUGCCACAAUGUGAUUGGUCCUCACAACCAGCAAUUCCAUGCACUGUGGAAUCAACUCCGUGACGAGCAUGAGGAACUAGCCCUAAAAGGUUACACUGGCGAGGGCUUCUUAUCACAAGGCAAGCGUCUCGGUGGUCAAAGGAUUCCACUUGACGAAGCUCGGCGUCAGGCUCGUGCAGCUGCCGAACAGCGAAGGAUCCUCACCAAGAAUUCAGGGAAGAAGCUCGGUGGUACCCGCCACCUUCGUGGAACUGACAUACGCAAGCUUCGGGCUGAUGCUGCUCAGCGGCGCAUUGAAGUCACCCAGGGUUGCGCUUCUGGCACAGAUCGCAGCACUGAGCUUGCGGACGAGGUCUCUCGGAAUGGGUUUAGAACGAAGGCCGAAGAAGACGACGCGAAUGAACGGGCUAUCAUGGAGGCAUUCAUUGAGCUGAUCCAAGAAGAAGAACGGGAGAAGUAUGAUUCAUCAUAUGUUCCGCCAAGUCAAGAAAAUCCCGCGGGACCGAGAACAAGAUCAUCACCACCACCUGCUCCUUCAGACACCGCGCCUGCUACGUUCAAACCUCCAUCUGUGCUUCCACAAGCCGUCAACGAUUUAGAAAAAGAACACGCUGUGGAUUUCACUGCUGAUAACAGCUCAUACGACACACCUUGGACCUGUCCAACGUGCACUCUCCAGAAUAAAUCUACCUUCCUUUGCUGUGAUGUCUGUGCAGCAGAACGACCACCUCCAACCAAUACAAAAACCACCCCAAAGUCCACAUCUAGGAGCACUUCCACACAACCACUACAAUCAAAAUCUCUCAAUCCAAAGAAACGGCCCUUAGUUGUCGAUGAAAAGGAAGAAAGGGAAGCCAAUCCUAAGGACACAUUUGCUUUCAAAAACCGAACCCGCGCACUGGAAACCAUCAGAGCUCUAGAUCGUGGAACCGAAAAAAAGCCACUUGGAUGGCUUUGCAAAUCGUGCGGCAGCUUUAUGGAGACUCAUUGGUGGACAUGCUCCUGCUGUGGGACGAUGAAGCCGUCCUCCUAA